AUGGGCUACCUCCUCUAUAGCACCGUCUUCGGCCUCCUCGUCCUCUCUACCGUCCUCUACCUCACGAAAAAUAUCUGGUUGCCCCGUAUGUAUUCGAUACCAGGCACCUCUUAUCUCUACUCCCGCCUCCCCUCUUCCUUUCAAGCCGAUAUCGAGUCCGGGUUGUCAUCCUCGGCCUUCGACCUGUCAAGCAAUGUCGCUGGGGGAGAUUCGAGAAGAGGAUUAGAUGAUGUGAGCAAGAGGGAGAUCCAAAAGAUUAUGAAGACCCGGAGAGUGAACUUCGACGAGGCAAGAAGGAUACACACCGAGGGACGAUUUGCCAAGAAUAAUAUCGGACCCGACGGACUACCCAGAGACCCCAAAUUUGUCAGCUUCUCAUAG